UUAGAAUCAGCUUUCCACGUUCAUACAGAUGUUCCUUUCUCAACUCAAGAAGUUUCACACAGCUGCAACUUCACCUCAAACAACUCUGCUUUACAGUCGAUCCGUGAAUGCUACUUCAAUAUUAUCUUUAAAUCAAAAUGCCGCUACCCAAUUCAACCCAGCAGAUUACAGUUACACUUAUGCAGAUGAAAAAGAAACUAAGAACUAUGCUAGCGAGCUGAGCAACUGCGUCAAGACAUCAAACGUAGGCAGGGCUAGAGCAAUCCACGCAAGACUCUUCAAAACUUCAUGGUUUGUGUUAGAUUCUUUGUAUCUUCACAACCAUUUAAUAAAUGCGUAUGUGAAAUGCGGUGACAUUACGGAUGGUCUCCAAUUGUUCAACAAAAUGCCCCAGAAGAAUGUUGUAUCUUGGACGGCCCUCAUUGCGGGCUUUGUGCAGAAGGGUUUUCCAAUUGAAGCAUUUUCUCUAUUUUCCCAAAUGCAUAGAAGUGGAAUUAGGCCUAAUGAGUUCAGUUUUGUGAGUGCACUCCACACAUGCUCAUUUUCGGAAAAUUUAACCUUAUUACACGCCUAUCAAGUUUAUGCGAUGAUUAUAAGGCUUGGAUUUGAGAAUAAUGUAUUCUUAAUGAAUGCAUUUUUGACUGCUUUAAUAAGUCAUUGUAUGCUAGAAGAAGCUAUGGAGGUGUUUGAAGGAUGUUUUCAGAGAGAUAUUGUAUCUUGGAAUGCUAUAUUCAGUGGCUGCUUGAAGUUUUCUUGUGAAGAUAUCCCAGGGUUUUGGUGUAGGAUGAUUACUGAAGGAGUGGUACCAGAUGAGUUUACUUACUCUACUGUGAUUACAGGGAUGGCUGAGCUUUCAAAUCUUGAAAUCGGAUUGCAAGUUCAUGCACGACUUGUAAAGUCUGGUCAUGGAAGUGAUAUGUGUGUGGGGAAUUCAUUGGUGGAUAUGUACUUGAAAAGUCAGAGGAUGUGUGAUGGUUUGAAAGCCUUUGAGGAGAUUACUGUGAAGGAUGUGUGCUCCUGGAGUCAGAUGGCAGCUGGAUGUUUGAAUUGUGGGGAGCCCCUUGAGGGGCUUAGGGUGAUUGAGAAAAUGAGAAAGGAUGGUGUGAAGCCUAAUAAGUUUACUCUUGCGACGGGGCUUAAUGCAUGUGCCAAUUUGGCUUCUUUGGAGGAAGGGCAGAAAAUUCACACCUUGAGAAUUAAACUUGGGGAUGAUGCUGAUGUAUGCGUGGAUAAUGCAUUGCUUGACAUGUACGCAAAAUGUGGAUACAUGCAUGGUGCAUCAAAGGUUUUCAAAUCAAUGAAUGAUUGCUCUGUUGUUUCUUGGACGACAAUGAUAAUGGGGUAUGCACAGAAUGGCCAUGCGAAAGAAGCUCUUGAGAUCUUCGAAGAAAUGAGGCAAGGAGAAGUGAAUCCUAAUUAUAUUACUCUCAUAUGUGUGUUAUAUGCAUGUAGCCAAGGAGGUUUUAUUGACAAAGGUUUGGAGUAUUUCUCUUCUAUGAGCCAAGAAUAUGGCAUUGCUCCUGGAGAAGAUCAUUAUGCUUGUAUGGUGAAUCUCCUAGGACGGGCAGGCCGUAUCAAAGAAGCUGAGGAAUUAAUCCUAGAAAUGCCAUGCGAACCAGGCGUUGUUAUUUGGCAAACCUUGCUUGGUGCUUGUCGACUUCAUGGGGAUAUGGAUACAGCAAAACGUGCUGCAGAGCAUGCAUUAGCACUUGACAAAAAUGAUCCUUCAACUUAUGUGUUGUUGUCCAAUACAUUUGCCGGUUUUGGAGAUUGGAACAGUUCAGAUAUUUUGGGACAAGUAAGAAAGAUGAGGGAUGUGAAGAAGAAACCUGGGUCGAGCUGGCUUGAAUUGAACAGCUCAUCCACUACCUAUUGCCUGGGGUCGCUGACAUUGGAGGGUCGUGCAUACAGUCAACAAACCUUUCUUUGACGUAUCAGUUUGUUGGAAAUUUUGUGGGUUUGUCUUCAGUAUCGUGGAGUAAAGCUUCAUGCACGAGUAUGAAGAUUCAAAGUAAAGGAUUUCUAGAGUCAAGCAUGGGAUAAUUAUUAUUCAUGAUGUACAUCUUGUUGUCAUUAACUCAAUUGCUAGUCUCUUUGGAAAUGAGUUGCAGCAGGUCGUGACACCUCACCUGGGUCAUGGAGGGUCGAUCUCUACAUGACGUCUCAAUUAAGGAGAUGGCAUCACUUUUGCUACCUCGAUUUGGUGGCCUCAGUUAGGCCAAGCAGAUCAGUGACAUGGAGUGCAAGCCUGAGAUGGCUGCCACGUGGUUGGUGAUCAGAGUCUCAUCGGCGUAACGUGUAAUUUUUACUAUGUUUCUUGAUUUUUAUUUUUGGGACCCGUAAAAAAAUGUUACUACCAAUUUGUUAUACUGAUUCUGAAAUGACCAAACGAUGAUUGUCAUUUUGAUA